AAGCUCAAGCUGCGCUCCGAUUCUAUCCCCCUUCUUCAACACUCGGCCAACAACAUGACUUCCAAGACUUCAGAAGCCACAGCUGCAGCAAAGACCCAUCACAAUCUCAACAUUAAAGACAAGCGCAACAUCAAAAUUGGAAUUGUCGCACUUCGGACUCUCGGCAAAUGGACUGAUAAAGCUGCACUGACGCUAGAGAAGCUCGAGAGUCAAGACAUGUCGAAGCACUGCCAGGAGCACAAGGACCGCUUGAAUACAAAUAACAGGAGUAGUGCGGACGGAGAAAUUCAGGAACCUGGGCUAUGGAGGGAGACUGUGGUGUAUUCUGUACCUGUUCGGAGUGGUGUUUCCAAGGCAGCGGAAGUACGCGACGAGCCAACGGCGUGGCGGGAAUUACUAGCAAUUGGAAGGGAAGAAUCUCACGAUGCCGUCCAAGUAACCAAGGUUGCAAGCCGGGAGGAUCAUCAUGCGCACAAUUUAGCUACUAUAAUCGAGUACCACAGCGAGAGUAGUGAUGAUCAAGACGAAAGAGAUACCUGGGACGAAAAUGGUAUUAGAAACGAUGCUAAAAUCCACACGGAUACAGACCAAUCCUCUUCGGAUGUUUCGAGCGAUGAAGAGGAAGACAACAACGACAAAAAAUUAAGUUCUGAAAAUAGCGACGACGAGACCGACAGUGAUUCAGAGGAUAGUUCAGAUGAUGUCGGUGAUUCGGGGGAAGAGCAACCACCCGCAUCUUCGUCAACAACACCACAAUUGUUGAUCGCGACAAUGUCAACACAUUUUCGCCCGCGUCCGCCUACUUCAGGACCUCCGAGCCCUACUCGUCCAUCAACAGCACGCUCUACGAUUCGCGCAAUCUCUCCAUCACCGCCGCCGAGUUUGAGUGACGCACUGCGACUGGAUCUAGCAAGCACUGGCACGCCGAAUUUCGAUCACCAAAUUACACCUGAGGGCGCAAGAGAGCGGCCUAAGAGUGAUGGUUGUAAUCAGACAUACAUGUAUGGUUUCGGCGAACAAGAAACAGAAUUUGCAAACUAUGUCGCAACCGUGGACAACGGCAACUUCGGCAGCUUUCCCGCAGAUAUCACUGCCAACGUGACUACCAAAAGAGGUGGUAGUGUAAUGGAAAGGCAAUCGCCAGUGAAGCGCACUUCGAGGUCGAAUAGUCCCAAGAAGCGGCCGUAUAGCACACCAACGGAGCUAUCCUUGCCUCGCCUGUCGCCAUCACAUGGCCAUGAUCGAGAACAGGGUGCGAGUCCACAUCAAAAGCAGGUUCAAGUCGAGGGCGACAGCGACGCAAAUUGGGAUUGCCCAGAUACACCCACUCCUAUGACAAAUUCCCAGAAGCGCUCGGCAUAUCUCCCACUCGGCAACCCAACGCCUUGCCCCAACUCCAAACGCUCUUCUAAACCAAAGUCGAGAUCAAAUCCUCUCAUUCUCACUUCUGCUAUCCCAAACCCAACACCAAAGCUCGAGUUUUUCGAGUCGUUCGACGAGCAAUCACCCUAUCAUUCUAGAUAUUUCGAUAUCGUUCCUCCGCAAACGUAUUCUAGAAAAGAAGAGAUGCUCAGAGAGUUUUACGCUCAUGCCGAACGUAAGAAGAUGCGCGAAGCUAUGGAGAUAAGAGCAAGGCCAAUGGAGAGAAUGACACUCAUGUCUCAGCCUGGCUAUGUAUCGUCAACAAAUGACGGUGCGGCGAUGCAGCGACCAGAACGGGAGCACGGUAUUCACCCACGAAUGCACCUAGCACCGCGACAGCACACCGUGGAUACACCUUUGCGGAAGAAUGUAAUAGGGCCAGCAUCCAAUGUGCAGCGACAGGUAUCCAUAUCCGAGGACUCCAACCUGUCUGGAGGCACAGCGUCCAGCAAGCAAUCUAUAUUCAGUACGCCUGGAAGAGACGAGAUGGAGAGAAAAAAGGCGCUUGUCGAGGACGAUGAAGGUCCAUUUGCUAAAGCGAUGAGCAUGGCCGAUCUGGAUGAGCGACGCAGGGUAUCGACUGAGCCUAGCUCCUAUAAAGCCGCCAUCACCUAUGCAGGACGAUGCCGAGGCCGCUGGGGACUCGCACGGCAGUAUCUUGGAACGUUUGAGAGGACUGUUUCGUACGGCUAUUCGACGCCUUCGCGGGCACCUGAAGGACGCAAAAUCGUCUUGAUUGAAGAUUUGGGCAUUGUU